GCAGAUGGCUGCCAAAUUGUUAGCGCAUAGCUUGGUAUAUUUGAUUAUUUGUUGUCGAAAACAACGAUUUUGUGAAACUCAUAUAGCAACAUAGCAGGGCAAAAUCACGUUGACUGACGAAAUAUUUUCAAAAACGUUGCAUACUCCAGUAAACAUUCAUCCUCCUCCUCUUUUAAUUAUAUUUCAUUACAGUCAACGGAAGGAUGCUGAAUCUCAAUAAUGAUGUGUAAUUCUUCGAGUGUUUUCGUGACAAUAAAACAAAAUUAAUUUUUACUUGUCUUCAAGAUCAAUCAAGAUGAAUGCUUUAUAGUCCAUUGACAUGCAUGUCCAGUGACAUCACUCAAGGCACAUACAGCACUGUUUUUAUCAAUACACUGCCUACAUUCUAUACGUCAGAAGUGAAUUGAGUAUAUAUAAUACAAAACUACGGCGUGCAUUUGAACAGAUCAUUAGCCUACACGCCUUAAUUAACAGAUCAUUAGCCUGGUUUUUACACCGUACUCUUUUUAUGAGCCCAACCUAAGGGCUGUUCUCCAAUGUCGCGUUUUUUGUGCGUACGUAAAAGUUUUAAAUCAUUUAAAUGAUACGCAGUAUGAAAUCAACGAUCGAAUAGAUGCAUGGGGUUGGAUCAACAACUUGGAAGGUUCUAACCUUGCUCAUCUUACAUCAAGGUUACAAUUUGAAUAUCAUAAAUUAGAGGGCUAAGCACAUUUUCCUUGGAAGCGACGCCCAAAACAAAACUCGGCAACGCAAUUGGUUGGCGAGAAAAAUCGUCGCAUAAAGAAUAGCCAAUCACAUUGCCGAAUUUCUUAUUCGCGCGAACAAAUUUCCUUAGUAGGGGAAACAGCAGAAUUGCAAAAAGCUCUUUUUAUUUUAAGCUCAUCAGCAUUCGGCAAAACAUAUUUCUUUGUUUCCUGUGUAAUCAGAUAUAACUAAUGACUUUAAAACAAAGGGAAAUUGUGUGUUUAGCUGAUUGAUUACUUGACGGCCCUGUUAUAAAUCGCGCUGGCAGAGUUAACUUUCACAUUUGGGAUCAGCUUUGGGAAAGAGGUUUUUAAAAAGAAGACCUAGGAAGGAAAGUGAAAUUUGGAUCGCGAUGUUUCGCCAUACCGUGACAUUCGUGUUGAUUUUUUUGGUUGUAAAUCACGACUUCGCUGCUGCUCGAAGCGCUGCAUUUGUUCCGCAAACACCUUUGAAAACGGUGCAGAAGAGAUGGAUUAAAGUCGACGAAAAUACAGAAGCUACUGAAGGAACAGGUUCCUUGAAGGAAACUGGUGUUGUUGAGGGACAUUCCAGGGUGAAACGCGGACGAAUUGGAAGCGCUAUUAAAGCGGGUUUAUCUCUUGGUGCUGGAGGCUCGUUUCUUUUCAGUACCGUUUCUACGGUAUACCACGCCAUACGCAAGUGCAAAGAUUACCAACCGCGAAAAUGUGUAACUGCCACAUGUCGUUAUCUUACUGAUUGUCCUACCAGUUGUCAUGGUCCAGAAACUAACAGAUUGUAUGUAAAAUAUGAAAAGGAGGAGGUGAAAAGGAAAUUAGACAAAAUGGAUGCAAUUCAACGCGAUGCCUUCAAUCUGGCGACACAGGCAAUCUCUGCAGGUUUGAACAACCAACGCAUCUUUGCGGAGGUUGACAGAAUCAAUCAGAAAGUUGACGAAUUAAUCUUCAGUAUCGCACGAAUGGAUGUUAGACUUGCGUCGAAAUUCAGAAACAGCAGCGUGGCCAUUUCGGGGUUGAUUAGAAAUCAACGUCUCUCGUUGGAUGAAAUCGUCUCAAGCACCGAAGUCGCGGGAAUCUUUGAUAAGUGGACUUGGGAUGGAACAGGCGUUUUUGUACUUUCUGCUGCACUGCCACUCGGUCUACACGCAUUCACUUAUUUCAAAGAACGACACGCAAUCAACCAGAUCGCCAAAAAUCUUAAAUCAGAUUUCGAAGCUCGUUUUGUGAACCAGAGAACGAGCAGACUCAACCCGAACGCCAAACUUCAUAACAAAUUUGCAAAUGUGCAAGGCUACACAACGAAAGAUAUCAACAGACAGCUCAAACAAACAGCCAAGGCCAUUCAUUUAUCUGACAAGGCGAACAGACGGGUCUCUAAAGUCGAGAAGAUCACCAAUAAUGUUAUAACACCACUUGUCAAUGCCAUCGUCAUAGCACUUUCCGUGUGGUCAGCCUACACUCAGAUUAAUAACUGUUAUGCGAUUGCUGACGAUAUGCAGGAUACUGCCAAAAAAAUGGCAGAGAAAGCCGAUGAAAUCGAGGGCUUAAAACAGACACAAGUAGACCCAUUGUUGAAAAAUGUUACGACACAGGCGUGGCCCAAGGUUCGAGCUAUGAUGAAAAGCAAGCAAAGUACUCAGUGGUUCGAAGAAAUUCGAAACCUUACGAUCAAUGCCAACACAAAAAACGCUACCGUCGCAGCUGUCAUAGUAGAUUUCAUUAACAGGGUCCCAACUGCUGGCUAUAACUUGCUUCUUAAUUUACAAAGAGAACUCAUCAUCGCUUUGAAGUCCAUUGACUACGAGUAUUCUUGUCUGGCAGACAAGCAACACGCCAUAUCGACGGUUCUAACCGACUGUAGAAUUGGUCGUCGACCCUUCCCGGCGCUCUACCAGUAUGCUACUGGCAAACACAAGUUGAACCGGGAUGGUUGUAUUGCUAGAGGUAUAUUCCCAUAUACCAGUCAAGAUCAAUUCUUUACGAUUUUGAAUGCCACAGCGACUCAUCAAGGCUGGUACAGCAACUGUCUCUUAAACAGUGAAGAUUUACUUUAUCGUGUUUGCGCUGAGAAAAUUAAAGGAUAUACAACGCCGAAAGAAAUCGUAAAGCAAGCGAACAAAACUGGUUUAACGGAAGAUAUGGUCCCACACUUCCUGGGGAGAUGCCCACCCCCAAGAAUCACACCAAAAAGCAUAAAGGACACCUGCACCCUGUAUUGCGCAUACCAACCAGUUGCUAGCAUUGCCAAAACAGCUGUCUUACUUGAAAGCCAAGUUCUUGAGAUCAUGAAAACGUGUCCUCUGUGCGAGGUUUCGGGCAGAGAUUUGAAGAAAAUCUGUACUUUGUUCAAAUGCACUGGAGAAAACGCGACGACCAUUGAAAAGGACGUCGAAAUGCCUCUUCCAACCGUGAAAUUUGUAAUGGCAAACAAUUGUACAAAAUGUAACCUGGACGACCCCAUAACACAGAAAAGGAUUUGCGUAAACUACAAAUGUAGAGGGUACUCCUCGGCAGCAAAUGCAAAAGAUGUUGGAUUGAUUGAGUCGGCUGUAAAUGAUAUCCUCCCGAAGUGUGAUUCUGUUGUACCUGAUUGUAUCAAUGAAGUCAGCGAAAAAGACAAGGGAAAUAUGCAAUUUCUACAUUGCUCGUAUGGUAUUUCUGCUGCACGUUUGGUCGGUUUUUUCAACUACAAGGAGGAGCUCAUCGCGCGAAUACUCGCUUUGAAGCCAUGCCCGACCUCAAAUGGAUUUGGUGGAUUCAACUUCGGAAGAUAAUUUCAUUAAAAGAAGCCUGACUUCAUUAUCUUUUUUUCUGUUUAUUAAUUUCCUAGCUAAUGUAGUCUUUUUGGGUCAGCCUCAGCCCGCCAUCUGCGACUAUGGUCGGGGAAAAGAAAAGUUAUAGCUGCUUGACCUGCAUUAUCAAUUCUUAUAAAAUAACAUGUAUAUAUGUUAUUGUCAAAAAAUUUA